AUGUACGAUACAAUCCAAUCUUUGGGAUAUCGAAACUGGAGGAAGUUACUGGUCAGCCACGAGGACCAUCGUUACUUGAAGCAGGUUGAGAUGAGGGAGGAAGGAGGCACGCCGUCCAUCGUUGGGGCUGUCCGAGCCGGCUUGGUCUUCCAGCUGAAAGCCGUCAUGGGGGCUGACAGCAUCAUGUCCAGGGAACAUGAACUCUGCAGGAGAGCUCUUGGGAGAUGGCUUAGUUGCCCUAGUCUGGUUCUCCUGGGCAACACGGCAGUACCCCGCCUUCCCAUCUUCUCCUUCUUGAUCAGGCACCCUACCACGCGACAGUUUCUCCACCACAACUUCGUCUGUGCAGUUCUGAACGAUGUUUUCGGCAUACAGGCCAGGGGUGGCUGUGCGUGUGCCGGACCUUAUGCACAGGAUCUCCUGGGGAUUGAUAAGAAGUUAGCUAAGGAGAUCGAAGCAGUGCUUCUAGAAGACAGUCGGCUAGACAGGGUUCAUCUGCGACGUUACACGGAGUACUCAGAGAAGGAAAUCCUAAGACCUGGCUUUACCCGUCUUAACCUUCCAUACUUCAUGGAUGAUGAGUGCAUAGAUUUUGUACUCAAGGCAGUCAGCUUAACCGCACAGCAUGCUUGGAAGCUACUCCCACAGUACAUUUUCAAUCCAGAAACUGGCGAAUGGAAGCAGCGAAACCACCAGGUAUUUCAGGAUCGGCGAUGGCUUGGGUCCAUCAGCUACUCCGAGGGUAGGAUGACGUACCCGGACCCACCGGCACUGAAGACUAUAGGCAGACUACCAGAGGACUACGAGGUAAUGGAAAAAAUACCAGAUUGUUUUGGAGGGAACGAAGUUACAAGUUAUUGGCAUCAAAAUGUUGGCUCAUUCGACGUUCAUCUGAUUCCUGGUGAAUAUUACAAUGCGUUUAAUUUGCAUAUGAGUUUGUUUUUAUUUCUUUGUCCUCAGCAUUGCCUCAGACUUGCAGAAGACAUUUUCAAGAGAGCAGAAAAGAUCCGAGUGCAGUUACCAGACCAGACUCUGCUAUUUGACAGCAAGGCGGCCGACUUGCGCUGGUUCAUGCUCCCUAGCGAGGCACUAGGUCUCCUCGGUAACAAGUCACAGCCUUCCCAGCAUGCUUUGCCCAGAAAGCUGCCCUUUGAACCAAUCAAGUACAAACACAAGAUGGACCCUAGUGACACUUUGGAUAUGAAUGUAAACGUGAAACAACAUCAGGGUAGCGAUAGCUUCUUGAUUGGCAGUAUGGAAGGAAAUCAGAGAACAGAAGUGGCGCCAGACUAUUUGACCCGUCAUACUGCAGGGAGUGAUAGAAGUUUACAUUGUGUUGCUAUGGCGAAGAAGUCAUGUGACGCUCAUCACGAGCUGAGUUGUGCUGAGCUGUUCAGGAAUACUGUUGAAGAUGGAUUUGUGGAGGAAGUCUGCAAUAAAGAAGAAAGUGAACAAGCUGAAUGUAAUGACUCUUCUUGUUGGUUGAAUCCAAUGGGUGGGGUCAAAGGUCGAACGGAACAUGAAGGAGGAGAUGGUGUAGAUGCUGAAAAGAAUUCAAAUGACAAAACAGAUUUUGUACCAAGUGUAAAAGAUGAUGAACUGAGUUUGGUGUCUUCCAGCAGCGCUUUAACUGUAUGCAAUAAUGUUGGAACUGGUUGCAACAGAACUGCUAGUGUUGAUGGAAAAUGUACUAUAUCAAGAAGUCAAUUGGAAAAUGUACAUGUAUGUGGGGAAAAACCUAAGUCUGGGACUGUUGAAACAGAGAGCGGUCUGUCAAGUUUUCCAUCAGAGAAUUUUAGCAAAAUUUCGGUUCUGGAUAAAUGCAGUGAUACCCAACCUGGAGUGCGUGCGGAACAAAUUCCAGAUGAUAGUUCCACCCAGGAAACAAGCAUUUCUGCUCUAGAACUGACACCAGCUCUCUCAAAUGAUCCACACAGUUUGUCAGCACCCGAGAGAGAAGUCAGCCAUUUUGGAUCAAGUUCCAAUUUGAAUAUCUCUGAAGCAGUGCCAGAGAAAAGUGAUGAACAACCGACUGAUGAUUGUCCGGAGGAGCAGACCACGAAUAAGUUGGAGUCCUCUGAGCAAAUGUGCCAAGUAACUCAAGGACCACCUUUGCCGAUGUCUGAUAUGAAUUCUCAAACUGGCUCAUGUUUGGUGAUGCAGACUUCUGAUGAUAAAAAGCCCAGGCCAUCCAAGAAUAAGAAGAAAAGUGUGUCUGGUUUUCAAAAACCGCCCAAGAGCAUCUUCAAGCCCACUGUUCAGGCUUUGGAAGAGUAUACAAUGAUACAGGACGGUGAUCGUGUGCUGGUUGGCCUGUCAGGAGGCAAGGAUAGCCUAUCUCUGCUGCACACACUUAAACAGUACCAGUUCUACGCCAAAAGCAAGGGCAUCAGCUUUGAACUUGGCGGCGUGACAGUCGACCCUCAAACUUCGGCCUAUGACCCCCGACCUCUCAUUCCAUACUUGGCGAGCCUGGGAGUGCCGUACUUCUAUGAGGAACAGUGUAUCAUUGACGCAGCAGCAGGGCUUGAAGGUGGUUGCGACUCCAUCUGCAGUUUCUGCUCGCGGAUGAAACGUGGUCGCCUCUAUGCCUGCGCGCGGAGGGAAGGGUACAACGUACUGGCCAUGGGACAACAUCUGGACGACCUAGCAGAAAGUUUUCUGAUGUCUGUCUUUCAUAAUGGGUUGUUGCGAACCAUGAAAGCCAACUACACUGUCAAGGAGGGUGACCUGCGAGUCAUCAGACCCUUGGUCUACACUAGGGAAAAAGAUCUGAGGGACUUCGCUGAAAAGGCCAAACUACCAGUGAUACCAGAAAAUUGUCCAGCAUGCUUUGAGGCUCCAAAGGAGCGACAUCGUACCAAACAGCUCUUGGCAUCUCAAGAACUACUGUUCCCUAGACUCUACAACAGCCUGCAAGCAGCCAUAAAACCGCUGAUGGCCAAGAACAGGACUGGAAUGGAGUCUAGUCGUAAGAAGGAAGACUUCUUUGACGAGAAUGAUUUAUGAUGAAAAACAGCAAAAAACUUCAUAGAUCUGAAGAAUUUCUUGAGAAAGUUUUGCAGCUUUGUGUGAACCCCUUGUAGCUAAAAUCAAGACUAGAAUGUAUUCAAACUGCAGAAAGACAAAACAAUGCUGAUAAACAAUUUGUCGAUUUUGGUGUAGUGAAAUAGAACCAAAAAAUGAAAAGGUAUUUUAUAAAAUAUGUUUUUCAUUGAUGUUGCAAACUAUUGUAGACCAAACUGGAAUUAAGCUACAAAAGAAUUACUUCCUGAAGUAAAAAGUGAGAAAUAUUUUGUGAGCUUGAUGGCAGGGAAUGUGGGCUUGUACCUUGAAGCAGUGUUCCUUGUAAAUGUACAUUUAUUACAUUGUUUUGUCAAAAUUUGUUAAUGACGAGCACUUACUGGUAUAUAAAAUUGUCAGUUAAAGACUUGAAAUUGAUCCGGAAAUGUUAAUGUGAAAAAAAAGCUGGAAAAGCUGGAACAGUAAUAAUAAUAAUAGAGGAAUUUAUAAAUCGCAGAAAAAUCCACCUCUUGAACAAAGAAUAAACAAAUAAAAAUGUAUUAUUUAAGUUAUAAAACAAUUCAAAUAGAACGUUAAGUUAAUGCAAACAAAUUGAAGAUUGUUCAGGAAUGCUUGCGAUACUGUGAUGAAAGUUGGUUUGUGGUUUGGUCGUGUUGUCCCAAAGAAGCCUACCUGAAUAAUAGAUACAAAUGCUAAGACCGUGGAAAUAUUACAUGAAUGUUAAAAAAAAAAUACAAAACUAUAAUGAAAUCCUGAAUCAUUAUUUGUACAAAAAAUGUGUAACAUUUGUAACAUCGAUGGUGUCAAAGGAGUUUUCCCAAUACAACCACUAUGUGACCUUACUGUAAUGAAUUACAUGUACAUGCAUUUUAAACUGCCCGAAUCUCCGUAAUUAUGUUCGUUUGUUUAUCCUGUAUUUCUAUUAUUGUAUGUAGCCUAAUGUUCUUUGGUAGAUUUUAAUGAAAAUGUAAGGUUAACCCCUUGUUAUAUUCCAAAGAAAUGUCGACUGAGAAUUUUGGAGACGUGAUUUGCUUGAAAAUUGUACAGUAAAUCCAUAUAAGUCCCUACAGACACCCGCACAGGCGUAUGCCUUUUUAUAAUUUACAUUAAAAAAAAUUAUACCAAGCCGAAAGUGUAAUUUCACCAAUACUUUUGCUUUUAUUUAGCAACAUUUUCAUAGUCCCUAUAAUGGCUGUAAGAGUAUAAAAAUGUUUUUUUAAUCGAAAAGCAUUAUUCAUUUUUUAAAUCAAAAAGCAUAUGUGAGUUUGGAGAAAGGUCUUAUCAUGCCAUUUUGUAAAUAAAACGUAAGGUUAACCCCUUACCAUUAAAAAAA